AAAACCAGCUGUCCCGUAAGAUGGACUCUGUACGAGGGAAAGUGCUACCACUUUUCUACUCUGGAAAAAACGUGGGAUGAGAGCCAGAAGGAAUGUGCCCAGUCAGAUUCUCAUCUUGCCAUUAUCAACAACAAAGCAGAACUGUCAUUCCUGAACAGCAGAACACGAAAUGCAGAUUACUUCAUUGGCCUGAGUCGGAGAAAUUCCGAUGGACAGUGGAGAUGGAUUGAUAACACAAGGUUUGACUUUGGCAUAUUUAAUAUUCAAGGUAAAACAAAAGACUGUGCUGCAAUUGGAUUAAAUUCCGUUGUCUCAAAAUCUUGCUCUGAAUUAAACCGCUGGAUUUGUGAGGAGAACCUGUAAGAACUCGCUUGGACAAUGGACAUUCUGAGCAAUGUAGAAUCUGAAUUCUAUCCUCAGCUCAGAAACUUUGGCCCUGAUAAGAAAGUGAAACUAAUCAAUUAAAAAUGGGGAGAAACCCUUUCCAACCUACUUCAGGUUACGCAGAGUCCUACCUCUAGUUCCAACUCUCCUUGAAUGACUAUAUCAACCUGUACCAUAUUGCUGCUUUAAAAAUAAAGGUUUUCA